GGGGGAGGGAUGGUGAGGAAACCGAGCACUCACAGCUGGGCUGAGAUCGCCUUUAGGCACCGAAUAAUCUCUCUCAGAAUGUCACCUAAGCUGUCAACCUUCAUAUCUUCUGGACAGAGCGUUCCAGCACUCUACAUGCACCCUGGAAGUCACGACAAUUCCUUCUCAUUAUCAUGCGUUCCCAAGUGGCCACUACCGUCAGUGAAGAGGGGGCUUCCUCCUUUGAGAUACCACGACCUACAAUUGCAACAUGGAGACUGGUAGUCAUUCUUCUUUGCAUUGCCAUGGGGCUUUUCUUGUCUCUGAUGGAUACGACCAUUGUUUCAACCAUGCUGUAUACAAUCUCUGACGAGUUCGAUGGGUUCAAAACCUGCUCCUGGGUUGUCCUCGCCUAUACACUCUCCUAUGUCGGCUGUGCUGUCUUCAUGGCGAGGCUAUCUGAUGUCCUCGGCCGAAAAUUUCUUUUGUGCAUCUGCUUCCUGGUGUUUCUCAGCGCGUCGAUGGGAUGCGCGGCGUCAAAAAGUAUGAACCAGCUCGUUGGCUUCCGCGCGAUGCAGGGAAUUGGAGGAUCGGGGCUCUACGCAAUGGCCAUGAUUAUAUACCCGGAGAUCAGCCCGCCGGCCCUGCUGCCGGCAAUUUCUGCUAUCAUCGGCGUGAUCCUGGCCCUUGCGGGGAUCAGUGGGCCGCUCAUUGGGGGUGCCCUCACGAGCUAUCGCACCUGGCGGUGGGGAUUUUGGAUUAAUGGCCCUUGUGCCUUCGUUCCGCUUGUCGCCCUGCUUAUCGUGUGGCCCAACGAUUUCCACUACGCCAGAAAUGUCCGGUUCAGGCACCUGGACUAUCUCGGUGCCCUCCUGGUUCUCCUUGGAUCGGUCCUGUUUGUCUUCAUUCUGAAUGAGGCUGCCAUCCGAGCCUAUGCGUGGAAGAGCGUCCCGGUCAUUCUGAUCUUCAUUAUCUCUGGGCUUUCCUGGAUGGCGCUCGUAUAUUGGCAGUGGUUGAUCUCCUCGAAGCCCAAACUGGCGCAUAUUCGACCUCAAUUACCGUUUCGGCUCCUAUCCAGUCGAGUCAUGGUUGCGGGAUUCGUGAGCACAAUCUUGACAGGAUUUGUGAUGCUCAUGGUCAUUGUUAACAUCCCUCUGCGGGCUCAGAUUGUGAAUUUGAAGGAUGCGGUGGCAUCUGGGAUACUGCUGCUGCCGCUGAUGGGAGGCACAGCCGUGGGCUCGGCGAUAGGCGGUGCCGCAUCCGCGAAGCGAAACAAUGCCUUUUGGACGCUGAAUUUGGCCAGCGUUUUUAUGAUAAUUGGAAGCGCAUCGCUCUCGACUCUGACAGACUCGGUGGACCUAGUACCAAGGCAAUGGGGGCUUGAAGCAAUCCUUGGCUUCGGAAUCGGCUUGAGUCUGUCCACAAUGACAUUUCUGACAACCAUGCAAGUGGAGUUUCAGGAUCAUGCCGUCGCCCAAGGAAUCGUCGCCCAGCUUCGCAUUUUCGGUGGCAGCAUCGGCAUCGCGUCGGGAUUCAUCGUCUUCAACACAAACGUCCAACAAGCCCUCGCCGGUGUACUUACCGCGGAACAACUCGACGAGUUCUAUAAGACCCCCGCAACUAUCUACAAGCUUCCCGUCGCGCAACAGCUUGCGGUUCGACAGGUCUAUGUGAGCACGUUCAACACCGAGAUGCGGAUCUGUACUGGUGUGGCUGCGGCCUGUCUGGUCGCUACACUUUGCACGUACCAGCGAAAGCCGCAGUCAAUAAAGCAGCGUCUUGCGGACUUGGAAGAAGUUUAUGCAAGGACCGAGGCGGCUAGAACUGGGGGAAGGGAGCUUGAUGCCGCAUAAGAGACUUUGCUGCUGUGUCUACUCACAAGGAAUGAUAGGAUGACAUGUGGUACGAAGGAAGGGACUGUUUGUGAAAGGGAUGGCGAGCGGAGCAUCGUUUUGAUUAGCCAUGAGCAAAGAGAGAAGAGAAGAUAUAUUCACAAUGUCGGAUACACGACCUUCU